GUGUGACUUGGCCAAGGCCACCCAGUGGGUUUCCAUGGCUGAGGCAGGAUUUGAACCCUGGUCUCCAGAGUCGUAAUCCAAUGCUCAAAGCACUAUACCACACUGGUUCUUCAUCAGGCGAAAGUGAUAAAAAUGGUAGAGGAGAAAUAAAAAGUUGCCUUAACACCUAAAACUCUUCCCAAUGCAAAGCACAGAGGCUCCCUGAAAAAAUUGUUCUUUUCCUAGCACAGGGGUUUGUGGCCUCACAAAGGAUUUGAGACAAAGUGGAUCUCAAAUGCAGUAACUUUUUGUCUUGCAAAUGGAAUUUAAAGUUGGUUAAAGUUGGUUUCCUGGACUGAAUCUGCCAGCACCAACGCGGCCAGAAGGGAGAGAGGCCAACCUGCAUGGAUACCUUUCCAUACCUUCUGAAAUCAGGAUAACAACUACAACAUCUUGACCAGAUCCAGGUCUAUGACUAACCUUAUAAAAAAAAUUCUCCUGUGUGAUUUUUUUAAAAUAAAUUUUAUUUUGAAACAAUGUACAAACCACAAAUAAGCAUAUACAAACAAACAACACGGAUAGACAUACAAAAACGUAAAAUCAACUUCCUAUUUCUUCAGAUUUCCAUUCACUUCUGUCAUAUACAUUCAAAUUUUGUCAAAAUAUUAUCAGGUUUACCAGAUUGUCUCACUGGUCUCAUAACUUUUCUGAAUUCGUUGUAUCCAUAUUUGGAAUUCUCCGUUCUCAUUUUACCUGUUGGAAUUUCAUGCUGACUACCUUUUUAUAGUUAAUUUAAUUCUUUUUUUCCCCCCCCCCCCCCCCAUUAGUAACUACUAGUCUAGUUUCAAUCUGUUUUAUGAACAAGGCAACCCAUUCCUGCUCUAAAUAUAUUACCACUUUAUUCCAAUCAUCUUCAUAUGUAUCCUAUUUUUCAUCUGUUAGUUUUCUGGUCAUCUUGUUCAGAUCCAAUACUUCAUAGAGUUUUAAGAUCCAUUCUUCCAAACCUGGAACUUUUUUUGUUUUUCCACCAUUUGGCAUAUGUAAUCAUCUAAAACAAUACGCAUCCAUGUUUUUUCUUCUAAAUGUUCAUUUACCAUAUUUAAUAAGGUAAUACAGUAGGUUUAAAUUCUAGUUUGAUUUGUAGUAUUUUAUUUAUUGGGUUUUUUUUUUUGUAUUUUUAUCCAGAAUUUUUUCGCUUCUUUGCACGUCAACCAGAUACGGUAUAAUGUUCCUUUUUCCUUGGCACAUUUCCAACAUUUGUUGUCAGUAUUACCGUAUAUUUUACAAAUCUUUUCUUGUGUCAUAUACCAUCUAUGCUUUUUAUAAUGAUUUUCUCUUAUAUCUUGGCACAGUGUAUAAUUCAGUCUCUUAGUCCAUCCUGUGUGAUUUUUAACACCUUGCCUGAUGAAGAAGCCAGUGGAGCUUUGAAUGCUUGCAAGAUGUAUAUUGUGCAUUUUGGUUGGUCCCAUAAAGGUAUCACUGUCUUGUGGCUGGUACAGUACUUUGCUACAUGGCCAACACGGCUACCCUGGAUAUGUAAUGAAUGGUAAUGGUUCAGACAUAAAAACAACUAGAAAAAUUAAAAUUAUACCUUUAGAUCACAAUAUCAUAUGCACAGCCUUAAUGUGUUUACAUGGACAUAGUUUAAUGGGAUUAAAGUGAAGAUUUGGUAAGAUGUGAUGGUUUUAAGAAAAUUUAAGAAAAAAAAUUAAUAAAAUUAAUUUUAAACCAGGGGCUUCUCCUUUCUCCUCCCACUGUGCUUCACCCCACUCAUCCCAUCUCUUCAGUGUUUUAAAGAGAGGCAGGUGAACGCCACAGCCUGUUUCGACCCAAAGGCAGAUGUUUGGGGAGCAGUGGUGUCACACCCCUUUAGGGUGUUACCUGGUGCUGCCUGAAGCCCCAACCCCCAUCCCACGUAUGCCCUGUUUCUGUGAAUGCCUUUAUGACCAAUGUGGCUCCAGUGCAAGAAAUGAAAGCCAGCUAACCAUCUCUUUAGAGUUUCUUCACUGACAUGAAAAAUCCUGACAUGUAGCAACAUGCGCAUCUCCACUUGCCUGUAACUGCUUUCUUUACAUAGAUGUAAUUCCCCUAUGUGAUGUGAAGAAAUGAUUGGCAAGCCAACUUUCCUUCUUCCCCAAUAGACCUAUUGCCUACAAAACAAAUGCCAGAUGAUUGGAGGUUGGUAGGGUUUAACAGCAUGCCUUUGAAGGGAUUCUAACUUUGCCCUCAUGGGCAAAGCAAUGGGAAUUGGGUUAGCCAGCCUCCUGUUACCAGUUCUUUCUCCUAUGCCACUCACAGAGAUGUCCAGAAGCAGGCAGACUCUUCCAGGAGGAGUGAAUUGCCUGCCUUUCCACUAUCCCUUUAGGGAAUAUGGCUCAAGAAGUAACUAUUUGUCAGCUACGGGAACAAAGCAUCAACAAAGCAAACCUAUGUGUACCAUGGUCUAGCUGUUAAAAACAUUGCUGGGUUAAGCAGCAGAAGGUAAGUUGAUCAUGUGGAAAGACCCAUAUAAAGGACCCUAUGUAGUCCAGCAGUGGUGCAGAAAGAUAUCUUUAUAUACCAGACUAAUAUUGGACAUAGACUGGCUUCUGGCUUUCUUACCUUGGCUGUUUUAGUUGCUAUGGGAGUAAAUGGCUAAACAUACCAGUAGCUUCUUCCUCUUCUUUCUCCUCAGGGAAAUAUGCUUCUAAUUCUUCGCCACCUCUGCCAGGGUAUGACCCCAGUAUCCAUAACCAGCAUAUCUCCAGUUCGUAGAUACUUGUCUUGGGAAAAUGAGCAGCGAUGCAGAGGGCUGCUAGAGGCUUCUACGAAGCGACACAGACAAGAAGCUGCUUCAGCAGCUGUUCUGGUCUCCCUGUGCACUGUGGCUGGGGAACCAGCUGUUCUGUAUACCCUACGGUCCAGUACCCUGAGUGGUUUGCACAAAGGAGAUGUCAGUUUCCCAGGUGGUAGGUGUGACGACUCUGACCGGGAUGUCAUCGCUACAGCACUCAGGGAGACUCGUGAAGAGCUGGGUCUGCAGUUAGGGGAGGACUCCGUCUGGGGCAUCAUGAGACCUUUGCCUGACAAGACAAAAAUGAUGGUUGUUCCUGUCCUAGCAAACCUGGGUCCUCUGGAGCAGCUGAUUCUGAAGCCUAAUCCCAAAGAGGUUGAGGCUGUCUUCACACUGUCCAUUUCCCACCUGCUGAAAGAAGAGAACCAGGGCUAUACCCACUUCUGUCGCAAUGGUGUCUAUAGCUACACAAUGCCUGUCUUCCCACGUGGUCCUCACAGAGUAUGGGGUCUCACAGCCAUAAUCACUGAAUUGACUCUGGAAUUGCUGGCACCAGGAAAAUACCAGAGGCGGACUCGUGUGUUGGGCAGUCGCUAAUGCUUUCUAGCUGAGGCCCAAACCUCAACCAAAGCUCUUUCUCCUUCCACCCCACCCCAAGGGAAUUGAAUGCUGGUGAUCUGCCAGCCAGGUGCUAAUCCUUUUCCUCGCCACCAUGGUCUUUCAAAGCUUGAGCUCAAGCCACUCCUUCUUUGCUCAACCUAACACAUACAACUGCACUCUCCAUGGUGCAGUUGUAUUGCAUUUUUAGGGAUGGAGAAGAACAGAUAGCUCUGAGCUAUACAGGUCUUUUAUCAAUUGAUCUAGGGCUUAUUUUUAAAUAAAAUAAAGCUGCAGAUUUGGAA